CCCCCUCUUUUUCCGUUUCUAUUUUGGCUCAAACCAUUUUGGCUCUAGCAAUUUCCGGUGAUCUCGCACGUCUGGGCCGACCAAGCCAUCUCGCAGUCUUCACCCCGGGGGUAGCGGCAACUCAGCAGCGACGGCCAUGGCGGUUACCGCGUCUGCUCUUAGCCAUUUGAUCUCUUUCGAGGCUGCUCACAUUACGAGCCACCAGCAGGUCUCUGGCGGCGGCGAUGAGCUCAAGCUGGUGAAGGAGCUCGGCAUAUCCGCCAUUUGCAUUGUGGGUGGAGCUAUCCUCUGCAUGCUGAAGAAGUUUCCUCAGCUGAUGACGCCGGGCCUUCUGAUUAUCUUUUUCGGCGCCCAGACUGGCAUGAACAUGUACAUGAAGGCAGUUUUUUCGUCCGCCACCGUCCUCAAUCCAGCGCCCGCGGAGUACUGUGCAGAUGCGGGGGAUUCAUGCGCUUGGAUGGGCUUCCAGGCCUCGUUCUUCGUUACCGGGAUACAGCAGUUCGGCGGGUUCAUCAUCUUCUGGUUGCUUUUCCUCCCCGCGAAGGCGCUCGGCUUCAACAAAUUGGGAGAGAAAGAGAUCGAGAUCAAGAAGCUGACCUCAAAGAAUGAGGUCAUCGCGGUGCUGUGCUUCGCGGCAAGUUUCACGAUGAACAUCGCCCUGAACAACAUGUCCAUGGCGCUCAUCCCCUUGACGCUGAAUCUCAUCAUCCGCUCGUGCCUCCCUCUCUCGACCUUCCUCGCGCAGUGGCUCCUCACCAAGUACACGACAGGCGAGGGGAAGCCUUGCAAGGCCAUCGAGAUCGGGUUGAUGAUGCUAGGCGCUGCGAUGAUGUGCGUGUGCGUCUGGGCCAAGAUUGCCGCCGAGGCCGAGGGCGAGUCCCACAAGAAGGCGGGAGCUGGCGAGUCCGCGAAGACCGUGAUCGGCGUCAUAUACUGCGUGGUGUCCCUGUUCUCGGGGAGCGUCAACCUGGCGCUCGCCGGGAUCCUGAAGACCUCCGUGAAGCUGGACGGGUUCAACACCGUGGUCUACAACUCCAUCCCCGCCGCGAUCAUCCUCCUCCCCUUCGUGUUCUUGCUGCAGCACCCCGUGAAGCACUGGGACGGGGUCGGCUACACGAACGACGCCUGGGUCGUGGGUCAGGUCUGGGAGCACAGCAAGUCCACGUUCAUCUUCGGCGCCAGCUCUGCCCUGGCCUCGCUGGUGUACAACAUCCUGCAGUUCAGCAUCGUGCAGUACCUGUCGGCCACCCACGUCGCGUUCGCGGGCAACUUCAACAAGGCCGCCACCGUUCCGCUCGCCCUGCUGGUCGGCAUUGACCACCUGCCGCAGGCGCCGUACGGCUUCAUCAUGGUCGUCUCGGCCAUCAUCAACAUCAUCUCGUUCGCCGCGUACAACGUGGUCUCCGGCGGUGCUGGAGGCCACGGCGGUGGCGGCGCCAGCAAGGAGGCGGUGAAGGAGAAGGAGCCCAUGAAGGACGCCGAGAGCAGCGACGACGACGACGACGACGACGAGGACAGCUCGGAGGGCGGCUGCUGCUGAGGGGGCCGCGGAGAGGCGCGGAGGAGGUGGAAGAUCGGCCCAUCACUCUCCCGACACGUUUUUUUUCCGUCUCUGGACUCUGACCGGCUUGCACGGCUCCAGGCAGCCGCGCGGGGCAGUGGAGAUCUCCACUGCGGCCAUGCGCGGCCGGAGCGCCGCAUUUCAGUUCCAGCCAGGCC